CGCCUGGCAAAUAUUCCACCCUUCAUUCACUGACUGAACACCUUUGCUGCACUGUAGUGAGACAAAAACUCGAAAUGGCUUUUGUGCUGACAUAUUUCCCUGUAAGAGGUCGUGCUGAGUCCAUCCGGCUGAUGUUGAAAGACCAGGGGAAGGAAUUCAAAGAGGUUCCAGUCACCUUCGACAUGUGGAUGGAAGGCACUGUGAAAAAUAGCUGUCUGUUCGGCCAGUUGCCAAAAUUUGAAGAUGGCGACCUGACAUUGUAUCAGUCAAAUGCCAUUCGACGACAUGUUGCAAAAAAGCUGGGACUUUGUGGCAAAAAUGAAAAGGAGGCCGCCCUCAUUGACAUGAUGGAUGAGGCAGUGUCAGACCUUCUGACUAAAUACGUCAAACUAAUCUAUCAAGAAUAUGAUGCAAAGAAGGCUGACUAUAUCAAACAGUUGCCAUGUGACCUGGAACGCUUUGAGAAGAUCAUCGCCGGUAACAAGGGAGGCUUCCUCGUUGGGAGUCAGAUCUCUAUUGCAGAUUAUGGUCUACUGCUCCAGCUGCUCAACCACGAGGUGCUCUGCCCAAGUGCCCUGGACAAGUUCCCCUCUCUCCAGGCCUACAAAGAUCGCCUGAGCGCUAGGCCCAAUAUUAAAGCCUACUUCCAGAGUGACGAAUUCAAAAACAGACCCAUCAAUGGCAAUGGAAAACAAUAAGACCAUGAGAUGUAGCAGUAACAUUGUCAUACACUGUAUUAAGUUAUCAUUUUUAUUAAACUGCAAUAAACCACAUUUUCUGAAUGCUUGAA